CCAGUGAAAUAUGGUCCAAUACAGUGGAGUCAUGAGGGCAGUUGUGUUAGCGCAGGAACAGAAUAUUCACGGAGCUCAGAGCGGCUGAAGGGAGACAGAGAGGUCCUCCUGGAUCUGGAUACUAGGGCUGAAGCACAAAGCACAGAGAGCUAUGGGAGCCUGCAGAAUGGGAGCUUUAUCCCCCCACGAUAUCUUGCAGCUGCAGCUGCUGAUGGAGAUAUGGAUGGCGAUGAUCCCAUUUAUAUGCAGUCUCCUACAAGAAGUAAGCAACCAGUGCCACAGUUGGGGAAUUACUUCAGAGACGGGAGAACUAAGAUUGACUUCGUGCUGGUGUGGGAGAUUCGUUCACGGAGGAAGCGGCGAGGGAAAGGGACAAAUAUGGCUACCAGUGAGGAGAGGGAAGCCGUUCCCGCUGAGGAGAGCAGCAGGUCUGAACGAAGGAAAGCACAACUGGCUCAGUGGAGAGAGAAGUUUGUUCAGAACCUGGAGAGUGUUGGCUUGGUCAUGGAAAAGGAGGAAACUGCAAAUGAAAAGAAGACCAUACACUUUCUCAAAAUUAGCGCCCCCUGGGAUGUGUUGGUGUGUUAUGCUGAGGAGCUUUGCCUUAGAGCUCCACUGCAAGCACAGCAGCAUCUAGACCUCAACACAUCUGCUCGGGUACUGAGUAAACUAUGCAUACCUAACGUAAUGACGGAGUCUGUGCCUAACAGGCCUCUGGACUAUUACACAUGUGCCUUUCGCAAGUCAAAGAUGAGCAGAUUCCUUGGCUGGGAAGAUCACGAUACAUAUUUCACAAAUACGCAGAGGCACCGUGUUGUCUAUGAGAUUCUUGCCAGGACAGCAUAUGGGAAAAGGAAGAAGGCUGAAGUCGGAGUGGACAGACUGUUAAAUGAAGGGGCGUACACAGCAGCGUUCCCGCUGCAUGAGGGGCCCUUUCAGCUUCCAAAGCACGAGGUCCGACCUGACGAGCUGAACCAGAGGCAGGUUCUCUACUACUACUGGGCCCGCUGGUGCAAAUGGUACAAGUAUCAACCACUGGACCAUAUCAGGGAGUACUUUGGAGAGAAGAUUGCACUCUACUUUGCCUGGCUGGGUUUCUACACAGCCUGGCUGCUGCCGGCAGCAGUGGUCGGGACUCUGGUCUUUGUGUCUGGAGUGAUGUCCAUGGGUACCAACACACCAGCGGAGGAAAUCUGUAACAGUGGAGCUAGCUAUACCAUGUGUCCACUCUGCAAAACAUGUAAGGCCUGGAACAUGUCUGAGAUCUGCACCUUGACGAAGCUGGGAUACUUAUUUGACCAUCCAGGUACAGUGUUUUUCAGUGUGUUCAUGUCAUUCUGGGCUGUAACCUUUCUGGAGUACUGGAAGAGAAAAAUGGCCACUCUGGCACAUCACUGGGACUGUAUGGACUUCCAUGAAGAGGAGGAGCGUCCUCGGCCGGAGUUUGCAGCCAUGGCCCCUACUAUGGAGCAAAAUCCAGUGACUGGGGUCAAAGAGCCAUACUUUCCUGAAAAAACCAGGCUGUCUCGCAUGUUCACUGGCUCCAUGGUUAUCAUAAUGAUGCUGUGUGUGGUGAUGAUCUUCCUGGUGACGGUGGUCGUGUGCCGUGGUAUCAUCAGUGUGGUGAUAUUUCAUUCUGGGAGCCCUGUGCUGCGGACAGAGGCAGGGACCAUAGCCAACAUCUCCAGCAGUAUUGUAAACCUGGGGCUCAUACUGCUGAUGGGCCAGGUCUACACUGCAUUAGCUGAGCAGCUCACUAAAUGGGAGAUGCACAGAACACAAACCCAGUAUGACAACGCUUUCAUCUUCAAGGUGUUCAUCUUCCAGUUUGUCAACUUCUACUCGUCUCCCUUUUAUGUGGCUUUCUUUAAAGGAAGGUUUGUGGGUUACCCUACCAACUACGGGACCUUGUUCGGGAUGAGAAAUGAAGACUGUGGUGCCGGGGGUUGCCUCAUUGAAUUGGCUCAACAACUUUUCAUCAUAAUGGUGGGAAAACAGCUCAUCAACAACGUUCAGGAGUUCAUCUUACCUAAAGUGAAGGCCUGGCGCCAGAAGAGAACUCUGGCAAAAGUGCUGGGUGGCAAGGCAUCCCAUGAGCCUCGGCGCUGGGAAGAGGAUUACCAGCUGGUUGAGUGUGAGGGCCUGUUCGAAGAGUACCUGGAGAUGGUGCUCCAGUUUGGGUUCAUUACUAUCUUUGUGGCGGCGUUCCCCCUCGCUCCGCUCUUCGCCCUCCUUAACAACUGGGUGGAGAUUCGUUUGGAUGCACACAAGUUUGUGUGCGAGUACCGCCGGCCGGUGGCUGAACGUGCACAAAACAUCGGAGUGUGGUUUAACAUACUGGAAGCUUUGUCACACCUGUCUGUCAUUGCCAAUGCUUUCCUAAUAGCGUUCACUUCAGAUUUUUUACCUCGCCUGCUGUAUCAGUACAAAUUUGACAAUGAUCUCAACGGAUACGUCAACUUCACCCUGGCUUACGCCCCACUCAACUACACAGAGUACCCUAUGUGCAGAUACAAAGCAUUCAGAGACAACAAUGGAAACUACACACUGUUUUACUGGGAGCUCCUGGCAGUCAGACUUGGCUUUAUUAUUGCAUUUGAGCACGUGGUGUUCUUCGUGCUGCGAGCCAUUGACUGGAUUGUACCCGAUGUUCCCGAGUCCCUGGAGCUGAAGAUGAAGAGGGAGCGCUACCUGGCUAAGCAAGCUCUGGCUGAAAACCAGGAGGCCCUGUUGGUGAGUCGAGCCCGAGCGGCCGCCGCUGCCACUCCAGGCACCUCCAGCCCAGGAAGUGACACGUCCCUUGGAAACAUGAGUUAGGAUUCCUCUGUGGAAAAGAAGCAGUGGGACUGAACGCUGGUGGAAUAUGAGACUUUCCUUUGUAUCUCGGAUAAGUGAAAUUUUCCCAAGAAAGUGGAAUACUGUCUUGGGAUUGGUUUUCAUAUCACUAAUACAUAUUCAUCUGCACAGAUACACAGGUGUGCUUCGGCCUGCCCACCUUCUUCAUAUGGACAUUUCUCCAACAUAUUUGGGAUUUUUUUCAAUCUCAUGGUUAUUGCAACAUUAUCAGAGUCUGAUGUUACUGGAGCAAAGGGCAUGAAUUUAUAAAGCAUAAAUCUAUGUAUUGCUAAAUAAUUAAGCAACGUAUGUGGGGAAAAUUAGUAUGUUGAUUGGCUUCCACUAGCUGCAGCAUGCACUGUUAAUGCUACCUGACGCCACGCAGGUGUGGGACUUACUUGCAGUACUGUGUGUGUAUCCCACGCAGCCUCAGAUUGACUUCAAAGUCUGACAACAUGAACUAUUUAAAUGAUGCCAAAUGUUGUAUUGACAGAGCAUAGUUUGAAAUUGCAUAAAUUCCAAUUUGCAGUGUUUUUCUUGGAGUUACUGUUGGGAUACCCAGAGGACCUGAAAUGUAAUGAAGUUGGAUUACACCUUGACUCUGCAAAAGCUCAUCCUGAAUAUUUUGGGGGGGCUUUAUAAAACUCCUCUGAAGGGAUAGAAGGCUUCAAACAAAGGAGUGCACAGGAUCAGUAGUGCCACUCAUGGAAAGAAAACAGACUUUUAUGUGUGAGCUCGGCAGACUGCCUCUUUAAUGUGUAUUGUUAUUAUCUUUAUGACGAAUGCUGACUUGAGGUCAAAGUUCACCUUUCUUGGACAAACUGUUACAACAAGAUCAACAGAGUCAACAGUGCUUUGGGGUUUUUUGCUCCUCAUUUUCACAAAGCUGGCAUUGUUCACUGACUGUAUUAUCAUCACAUAGUUUAUGCUGCGUUUUCACUCAGCACCAAGCAUGAAAGUCUUUUCUACGUGAAUGUCCUGCACAGUAUGGCUGUACAGUACUGUAAACAGGAGUGAAACAGCACCUGAGCAGAGGCCAUAUUUUACAUAUGAGCUUUUUUGUCAUUUUUGAUCAAAUAAAUCUAGUUUGACGAACGCAAA